AGUCGUGGUUUGGUUGCUGGACAUGAGGGUCGAGAAGGCACCAAUCUUGCCAGUAAUGAUGUUCCUCAAAAUGGCUUCUCCACUUCAUCUGGUCUUUCUGUUCAUGAUCUCAGGAGCUCUUGGGAAUGAAUGGAGUGUGACAUACAGCAAACUAAAUCUCUGUUCUUUAAAUGGAUCUACAGUGUUUAUGAACGUCACGUACACACACCCAACAGGUCUUACAGUGGAGAACAGGUUUUGGUUAAUAAACCCAGUUAAGGGUAAAGAACCGACUGAUCUGCGUAAUGAAUCAGGUUACUCAGACAGAGUGGAGUAUUUAGGAGAUGAACAGAAACACUUCUCCCUCAGACUGAGUGACGUGAAGAAAUCAGAUGAACACAGGUACUGCUUCAGAAUCACAACAAAUGUAGAAAAAGAGAGAUACCAGGGUGAACCUGGAGUUAGACUCACUGUUACAGAUCUUCAGGUGAUCGCUCCUGCAGAAGUGACAGAGGGACAAUCAGUCGUUCUGAUCUGUAAAACCACCUGCAGUCUGACUGAUCCAACAUUCAUCUGGUACAAAAACAGACGUGAUUUAACCACAAACACCCCCAAGAGCAAUGAACUCCACCUGCAGCCGGUCAGCAGUGAGGAUGCAGGCAGUUAUAGCUGUGCUGUAAGAGGAUAUGAACAUCUCCCCUCUCCUGCUCAAACCCUCAGAGUCAGAUAUCCUCCAAAGAACGUCUCAGUGUCCAUCAGCUCCUCUGGUGAAAUAGUGGAGGGCAGUUCAGUGACUCUGACCUGCAGCAGUGAUGCUAACCCACCUGUGGAGAACUACACCUGGUUUAAGGGGACAACAUCAGUAGGAAAAGGAAAGACCUACAACAUCUCCAAGAUCAGAUCUGAGGACAGUGGAGAGUACAAGUGCAAGUGCAGUAAUGAAGUCGGACAUCAGGACUCCAUCAGUGUAACUCUGAAUGUUCUGUAUCCUCCAAAGAACAUCUCAGUGUCGAUGAGCUCCUCUGGUGAAAUAGUGGAAGGAAGUUCAGUGACUCUGACCUGCAGCAGUGAUGCUAACCCACGUGUGGAGAACUACACCUGGUUUAAGGGGACGACAUCAGUAGGACAAGGAAAUACCUACACCAUCUCCAAGAUCAGCUCUGAGGACAGUGGAGAGUACAAGUGCAAAUGCAGUAAUGACGUCGGACAUCAGGACUCCAUCAGUGUAACUCUGAAUGUUCUGUAUCCUCCAAAGAACAUCUCAGUGUCCAUCAGCUCCCCUGGUGAAAUAGUGGAGGGCAGUUCAGUGACUCUGACCUGCAGCAGUGAUGCUAACCCACCUGUGGAAAACUACACCUGGUUUAAGGGGACGACAUCAGUAGGAAAAGGAAAUACCUACAACAUCUCCAAGAUCAGAUCUGAGGACAGUGGAGAGUACAAGUGCAACUGCAGUAAUGAAGUCGGACAUCAGGACUCCAUCAGUGUAACUCUGAGUGUUCUUUGUAAGUUAAAGCUGAAGAUCUCCUCACAGUUAAUAAGAGAUAAAACUCUCAUAGAUUUACUUUAA